GCGAUGUCCAGUAGUGCAAGGGCCACAGUGGCGAACAGAUUCAGAGUGGUGAAGCAAGAAGGAUUCUGUUAAUUUCGAAAUUUGCUGUCAUGGCUGUGUCCAACGGUGCGAAGAAUCAAUAUUUGGCGACUUUUCUGUUGAACCUUUUGGCAGUCAGCUAUGGCACAAGCUCCGGGUGGAUGUCGCCUUCGAUUCCAAUUUUACUGUCGGAAAACUCUCCCCUGGAUAGUGGACCCAUAACCACGGAACAAGGAGCCUGGAUUGGAGCGAUUCUUUGCGUCGGUGGACUAGUUGGAAGCAUCAUUUCCGGCUGCAUGGCCGAUCGAUACGGUCGAAAGUGGACAGCCUAUACGGCAGUUAUACCGCAAAUUGUUUCGUGGAUAAUGGUCAUGUGUGCUGACAAUGUUUAUUACUUGUAUGCUAUGCGAUUUUUGUCGGGAUUUGGAGGAGGUGUCUGCUUUACGAUCAAUCCAAUGUUCAUUGCAGAAAUUUCAGAGGACAGAAACCGCGGAAUGCUUGGUGCCACCUUCAUAUUGUCCACUAACCUUGGGCAGUUAAUUAUGUACAUUUUAGGUGCAUAUGUGUCAUACUCAGUUAUACCAUACAUAUUGAUUACCAUACCAGUGAUAUUCCUUUUCGGAUUCACUAUGAUUCCAGACACACCAUUGUAUUACAUGAAGAAGAACAAAUACCAGAGAUCGAAAAAUUCAUUAAAAUUCUAUCGUGGCUACCAAGCCGGAGAACAAAAUGUUUCAUCAGAGUUCGAACGGGAAUUAUUGAAACUGCAAGAUAAUAAUACCGACGAGAAACAAAUUCCACAGAAGCACAAAAUCUCUUGGAGUGAUUUAAACACACAUCACGCAAGAAAAGCCUUCCUUAUUGGGGUCUGUUUGGUGGCUUUCAAUAAUUUUUCCGGCUGCUUCGCCAUGCUCAGUUAUGCGGAAACAAUUUUCCAGGAGUCUGGUUCGUCACUGUCGGCCGAUACAUCGGCUAUCGUUAUGGGUUCAUUGCAGAUGGUCGGAGCGUACUGUUCCACGCUGCUGGUCGAACGUGCCGGACGAAAGCUACUCUUCAAAAUAUCCGGCACAGGAAUGGCAAUAGGUUUUACCACCUUUUCCGGAUACUUUUAUGUCAAAGCUCUCGGCUACAAUGUAGAUUCGUUCAAUUGGCUCCCAUUGGUUUGCUUCUCGUUUGUAAUUUUCAUAGCCUCCAUAGGAGUCUUGUCACUGCCGUUUCUGGUUCUGGCAGAAUUGGUACCACAGAAGGUUAAAGAAUUCAUAUUCAGCACCUGUAUUAGUCUCGCAUGGAUAUUCGCAUUCAUCUCCGUCAAGUUCAUUGUCACGCUGUUCGAUUUGGUUGGAAUGCACGGAACGAUGCUUCUGUUUGCUCUUUGCUGCGUGAGUGGAACGCUUUUUGUGGCUGUGGUGAUUCCGGAGACCAAAGGAAAAAGUUUUGACACCAUUGCCAAACUAAUGAGUUGAAUUAAAGUUUGCACGAUUA